AUGUUGGCUAAUUGCGGUAUGAUCGACUUCCCUUACAAAGGGAACUUCCUGUCAUGGGUUGGUAAAAGAAGGAACCGCAAGAGGGUUCGCUGUCCUUUAGAUCGUGCGGUUAGUAACGAGGAUUGGCAUCAAAACUUUUCUCACACCUCUGUGGAGUAUCUUAAGCUAUGGGGAUCAGAUCAUCGGCCGGGUUUCAAAAAUAUAGUCAAGGCGGGAUGGGGAGAAUUGACUAUCGAGGGACCAGGGGAUGUACACUCGAAGAUUGUGGCUUGUAGAAAGGCAAUAUCCUUGUCGAAAAGAGAGAAUCCAGGAAAUGCACAGCAAAAUAUAAAAUCGAUUAAGGAGAAACUGGAUCAAGCACAGAAUAAUGACUCUAUGAUCCUAGAGGAAGAACUAGAGUUGAAAUGGCAACUUUGUGCAGCAUUUCGGGAGGAAGAGCUUUAUUGGAAACAGAAGAGUAGGGUCACUUGGUUAAAGGAAGGAGAUAGGAACACUAAGUUUUUUCACGCUACUACGAAACAAAGAAGAGCCCGGAAUCGAAUUUGCAGUAUAAUGAACAAAGAUGGAGCUUUGGUAGAGAUGGAGGAUGGUAUCGAGUACGUGGCGACUCAAUAUUUCCAGGAUUUGUUUUUUGCAUCAAGUAUCUCGGGGGUGGAAGAGGUUCUAAGGCCUGUCAAGACUAAAGUCACACUUGAAGUGAAUGAUUCCUUGACCCGUCCUCCAUCGAAUGGAGAGAUCAAAAAGCUGUUUUUAGCAUAA